UCGGAGGAGCAUUAAGAUGGAUCAGGGCCGUUUUCUAGCACAUUGCACUGUACGUGAUCUCAUCAGUGUGUGUGUGCUGAGAUUUGACGCUGGGUUUUCAGCCUGUGCUGGGCUCUGCGGUGGCGUGAAGUCUGAGACGGGAGAGGGAGAGGUGCUGAGUGGCAUGCCGCAUUAGCACGGACACACGCUCGGCACCCAAACACACUCUUCUCCUCUCUUGCAGCUCGCGACAAGGUCAAUUCCCCUCCUCCCUACCCCGCACACAAAAUACCCACCUUCUCCUUUUUCCCGCCCAGUCGGGGCGGGGGGUGCGGAAGGCUGAGUGAAGGCAGAAAAGGGAACAACGACAGAAAGACAAAUGCGUGCACCGGCACUGAAUGCGUGAGGCGACAAAAAAAAGGGAACCACAACGUGACACAGCGAGUGAAAGCCGGGAAAGCGAUCCCAGAGUAUUGCGUUUCAGAACAGCGGCAGACUGAGAGAAGAAGAUGGCUUCUCCCUCUUCCUCCACCGCCUCCUCCCCGCAUGGGGGCGGGACUUCACCAAACCCGCUAGACCGCAUUCGCCAGCAAGGUGGGAGUGAAAUCCCAGCCCCUCCCCGGGAGAGGUUGUUACGUCACAGGGUAACUUUCCAGGAUCAGAUGGUCCCAAGUCGUCAGGAGUCUGACAGCAAUGCAAGCUUCCUCCGUGCUGCCAGAGCAGGGAAUCUGGACAAAGUGCUUGAAUACCUCAAAGGAGGGAUAGAUAUCAACACAUCAAAUCAGAAUGGCCUCAAUGCAUUACAUCUGGCAGCAAAAGAAGGACAUGUGGAUCUUGUGCAGGAAUUAUUAGAGAGAGGUGCAGUUGUUGAUUCAUCGACAAAGAAAGGAAACUCAGCCCUUCACAUUGCAUCUCUGGCUGGACAAACCGAGGUGGUAAGAAUUCUAGUGAAGCAGGGAGCCAAUAUCAACUCUCAAUCCCAGAAUGGAUUCACUCCACUCUAUAUGGCUGCCCAGGAAAACCACAUUGAAGUUGUGAGAUUCCUUCUGGAGGUUGGAGCUAACCAGAGCACUGCCACUGAGGAUGGGUUCACCCCGCUAGCUGUUGCACUGCAACAGGGCCACAACCAAGUCGUCGCCAUCCUACUGGAGAAUGACACCAAGGGAAAGGUGCGGCUUCCAGCCCUGCACAUUGCUGCCAGAAAAGAUGAUACCAAGUCUGCAGCAUUGUUACUACAGAACGAUCACAAUGCUGAUGUACAGUCCAAGAUGAUGGUGAAUAGGACUACAGAGAGUGGCUUCACUCCUCUGCAUAUUGCUGCUCACUAUGGAAAUGUAAAUGUAGCCACUUUGCUAUUAAACCGAGGAGCUGCUGUAGAUUUCACAGCCCGGAAUGGAAUCACUCCACUACAUGUUGCUUCCAAACGAGGAAAUAACAAUAUGGUCAAACUGCUUCUGGAUAGAGGAGCUCAGAUAGAUGCCAAGACAAGGGAUGGAUUAACUCCACUUCACUGUGCUGCAAGGAGUGGACAUGAUGGAGCUGUAGAGAUUCUGCUUGAAAGGGGAGCACCAAUGCUUGCCAGGACAAAGAAUGGUUUGUCCCCUCUCCAUAUGGCUGCACAGGGAGAUCAUGUGGAAUGUGUCAAGCAUUUACUACAGCAUAAGGCACCGGUUGAUGAUGUCACUCUAGACUAUCUCACUGCUUUACACGUUGCUGCUCACUGUGGUCACUACAGGGCCACCAAACUACUACUGGAUAAGAGAGCCAAUCCUAAUGCUCGGGCACUGAAUGGCUUUACUCCACUGCAUAUUGCAUGUAAGAAAAACCGUGUUAAAGUGAUGGAACUUCUUGUGAAAUACGGGGCCUCAAUACAAGCCAUAACAGAGUCUGGCCUUACACCAAUACAUGUGGCUGCCUUCAUGGGCCACUUGAAUAUAGUUCUCCUGUUGCUGCAGAAUGGAGCGUCUCCAGAUGUUUCUAACAUUCGUGGAGAAACUGCGUUGCACAUGGCUGCACGAGCUGGACAAGUGGAAGUCGUGCGUUGCCUACUGCGCAAUGGGGCCCUCGUGGAUGCCAAAGCCAGAGAGGAUCAGACGCCUUUACACAUUGCCUCGAGGUUGGGUAAAACUGAGAUUGUGCAACUCCUGCUUCAACAUAUGGCUUUCCCAGAUGCCUGCACUACAAAUGGUUACACUCCACUACAUAUUUCUGCCAGGGAGGGGCAGGAAGAUGUGGCUUCCAUUUUGCUUGAGGCAGGUGCUACACACUCAUUAGCUACAAAGAAGGGAUUUACCCCACUACAUGUCGCAGCUAAGUAUGGGAGCCUAGAUGUGGCAAAGCUCCUUCUGCAACGCUCUGCUUCUCCAGAUUCUGCUGGCAAGAAUGGCCUAACCCCACUCCAUGUUGCUGCUCACUAUGACAACCAGAAGGUGGCGUUGCUGUUGCUGGAGAAAGGUGCCUCUCCCCAUGUCACUGCCAAGAAUGGCUAUACGCCUCUGCACAUUGCUGCCAAGAAGAAUCAAAUGGAAAUUGCCACCACCUUAUUGGAAUAUGGAGCUCAGACUAAUGCACUAACAAAGCAGGGGGUGACUCCCCUCCACCUGGCUUCACAAGAGGGACAUGUGGAAAUGGUUUCACGCUUGAUGGAUAAGAAUGCCAAUGUUAGUGCAGCCACAAAGAGUGGAUUGUCAGCACUGCAUUUGGCAGCUCAGGAGGACAAGGUCAAUGUUGCAGAAAUUCUGGUGAAACGAGGCGCAAAUCUUGAUGCACAGACUAAGGUUGGCUAUACUCCACUGAUUGUGGCUUGUCAUUAUGGAAAUGUUAAGAUGGUCAAUUUCCUCCUGCAGCAUGGUUCCAAUGUCAAUGCCAAAACUAAGAAUGGAUACACACCUUUGCAUCAGGCAGCACAACAGGGCCACACUCACAUCAUCAAUGUCCUCCUUCAGCACGGAGCCAGAGCCAAUGCCACUACUGCAAAUGGUAACACUGCCUUAGCAAUUGCCAAACGCCUUGGAUAUAUCUCUGUGGUUGACACCUUGAAAGUUGUCACAGAAGAAGUGACCACCACUACAACAACAGUGACUGAAAAACACAAGCUGAAUGUACCUGAGACAAUGACUGAGAUUCUGGAUGUCUCAGAUGAGGAAGGAGAUGAUACAAUGACUGGUGAUGGAGGAGAGUACCUUAGACCAGAGGAUUUGAAAGAACUCGGUGAUGACUCUCUACCGAGCAGUCGAUACCUGGACAAUAUGAUGUAUAGAGGAAUAGGACGCCUUGGAGAACGCUCAGACAGCCUACGAUCCUUCAGUUCAGACAGGUCCAACACACCAAGCCAUGGCCCAUACCAGAGGGACAGUGCCAUGAUUGAAGAAUUAAUCACAGCUACAAGUAGCCAGGUAGCUCUGGCCAAGGGCCCUGACAAGGACUCCUCAUAUCGCUUAAGUUGGGAAGGAGACAACUUGGACAAUGUGGCUCUUUCGUCGAGUCCAGUCCAUUCAGGUUUCCUGGUUAGUUUCAUGGUGGAUGCACGUGGUGGAUCCAUGCGGGGCUGCCGCCAUAAUGGGCUGCGAAUUAUUAUUCCCCCUCGGAAGUGUACAGCCCCAACACGUGUGACAUGCCGCCUGGUCAAACGUCACCGACUGGCCACAAUGCCUCCUAUGGUGGAAGGAGAGGGCCAUGCCAGUCGGCUAAUUGAAGUUGGACCAUCAGGUGCCCAGUUCCUUGGUAAACUACACCUUCCUAACUCUCCUCCCCCGCUAAAUGAGGGAGAAAGCUUGGUUAGCCGAAUCCUGCAGCUUGGGCCUUCAGGAACCAAAUUCCUUGGGCCUGUGAUUGUAGAGAUUCCACACUUUGCGGCAGUGCGUGGGAAGGAACGGGAACUGGUCGUGCUGCGCAGUGAAACAGGGGAGACCUGGAAGGAACAUCAAUGUGAAUAUACUGAAGAAGAGUUGAAUGAAAUAUUGAAUGGGAUGGAUGAAGUGCUUGACAGCCCAGAGGAACUUGACAAAAAACGUAUUUGCCGUAUCAUCACCAGGGAUUUCCCACAAUACUUUGCAGUUGUGUCCAGGGUCAGGCAGGACAGUAACUUGAUUGGGCCAGAAGGAGGUGUGUUGAGCAGUACUGUUGUACCACAGGUUCAAGCUGUCUUCCCUGAGGGAGCAUUAACUAAAAGAAUUAGAGUUGGCCUCCAGGCCCAGCCCAUGCAUGUUGAGCUAGUCAAGAAAAUUCUUGGUAACAAGGCAACCUUCAGUCCAAUAGUCACACUGGAGCCUCGAAGAAGGAAAUUCCAUAAACCUAUAACGAUGACAAUUCCUAUUCCAAAAUACUCUACUGAAGGGCUAAUGAACGGCUAUGGUGGAGACACUCCGACUCUCAGGUUACUUUGCAGUAUAACAGGUGGAACAACGCCAGCCCAAUGGGAAGAUAUAACUGGAACUACGCCUUUAUCAUUUGUCAAUGAGUGUGUUUCCUUCACGACAAAUGUGUCAGCCAGGUUCUGGCUCAUAGACUGCCGGCAGAUUCAAGAAUCUGUCAACUUUGCCACACAAGUGUACAGAGAAAUUAUCUGUGUACCGUACAUGGCCAAAUUUGUAGUUUUUGCCAAAUCACUCGAUCCAGUCGAGGCACGAUUGAGAUGUUUUUGUAUGACAGAUGACAAGGUAGACAAGACAUUGGAACAGCAGGAAAAUUUCACAGAGGUUGCAAGGAGCAGAGAUGUUGAGGUACUGGAGGGCAAGCCAAUUUAUGCUGACUGUUUUGGCAAUCUUGUGCCUCUCACAAAGAGUGGACAACAUCAUCUUUUCAGUUUCUAUGCUUUCAAAGAAAAUAGACUUGCACUGUUUGUAAAGGUAAGAGAUAUGACUCAAGAACCUUGUGGACGAUUAUCUUUCAUUAAAGAGCCAAAAUCGACCAGAGGUCUUGUCCAACAUGCAAUCUGCAACCUAAAUAUUACUUUACCCCUUUACAGCAAGGAGUCAGAUUCAGAUCAGGAACAAGAGGAAGAGGUAACUGGAAAAGAAGAUAAAUAUGGAGAGGCGGAGACCGAAUCUGCUGAGAUUUCUUCCAUCAUAAAAUCGCAUCUUAUCCAUGAUGCCCCUGUACUAGCAAGCCCUGACUUGCUUUCUGAUGUGUCUGACAUGAAACAAGAUUUAAUCAAAGUGACUAAAAUUUUAAAGACUGACUCGAUGGCAGGAAGUAAAGGAAGCCCCAUUGAGGUGAAAGAGUUUGCAAAAGCAGCCGAAGAAGAAUCAGGUGAGCCAUUUGAAAUUGUAGAGAAAGUCAAGGAAGACUUGGAAAAAGUGAGCAAGAUUUUAAGAAGUGGGACAUACACAGGUGAAGAAGCCUUUCAAGAUGUCAUUGGUGCUGAAAGAGAUGAAGAUUUAUCUGAGGAAGACUGGAUUAUUAUUAGCGAUGAAGAAAUCGAAGAGGUGAAACGAGAGAUACCAGCAGAGGUCUGUGAACCUAUAUUUGUAGAACACAGGAUUGACAGAGGAACCAUAGAGACAAUUGAGAAAGACAUGAGUGGCAUGCUGAAUUAUUUGGACAAUGACUUAGAUACAUUCUUGACACACGAAGUAGUGAUACCUCCAGCAGUCUGCCAAAUAGAUAUGGUUCAAGAAAGAAUUGAUGCAACGAUUGUUACCAAAGAAAGUAAAAAGGGAACAUAUCACGUGAUUUCAGAAUCGGUAGACUCCAAAGAGGGGAAAGAGCAUGAAUUACCUCUCAAAAUCAAAGACGAAACUAAGUUAGUUCCUGGAAAAACAAAACCUGUGUUUCACAGGUUUAAGGAAGAAAACACAACAAUGUAUUUUAAGGAUCCUGCAUUUCAAGGCUUAGCUACAGAUGAUAGGUCAGACCUUAGAAAAAUGCAAGGGAAUGUUAUCACUGAAUCUGACUUCACGAAGGUAGAGAAGGAAGAAUCAACGUUAGUGCCUCCAACAGUUGCAGAUGAUAAUUCACCCCUCGUGGAAGAAACUCCAAUUGGUUCAAUAAAGGAGAAGGUAAAAGCUCUCCAGAAACGUGUGGAAGCAGAGGAAGGACAACGUAGACAAACUAAAGCACCAGUAAAGGAUGAGAUUCCCGCAGCAUCAGCAAAACGUGUAAUAAACAAAGAGACCCCAGUUUCUUCCACUGUUACAGAACGACUUGAAGAAACAAUGUCAGUGCGUGAACUGAUGAAAGCAUUCCAGUCAGGACAGGAUCCAUCCAAGAAAAUGUCUCGGCUGUUCGAACACACGUCUGAAACUUGGCAGACUUUGAAAGAAGUAAAGAAACCUGAACCAUCUCAUGCUGAAGGUCAACAAAGUCAACCUGAUUUACUCUCCCAUACAGUUGGUAAGGAAGCUAAGGCAGAUGAGUUAGAAUCUCCAUCAAAAGAAUCUCAGUCAGAAAUGUUCAAACAAGAUAUCCCACACAGCGAGUACAAUGGCACAGUUCCAAUUGGUCCAAUUUCAUAUGACAGUGGGGAGGUAAGAAAAGAAGUUCCAGCAAAGAAAAAGACACCAACAAGCAAAGAUAAACAGCCAAUAACCAUAUCAGUUGAAAAAAAUGAUCUGAGUUUUGCAACCUCUGAGAAAUAUGAAUCUGUUUUUCUUGAGGAUAUUGAAAAGCAAGCUGAAAUACACUGUAGCAGAAUAGCUGUAAAUGCAGAUUUACAGAUCAGUCCAGACAGAAAAACAUCAACUGAUUUCACGGAUGUCAUCAAAGAAGAGUUAGAGGAUAAUGACAAAUAUCAGCAAUUUAGGAAAAUUUCAGACACUCCAGAAGCAGAACUCUAUCUUGAACAAGUAGUGACUAGUCCACUUCACCAUGAUCUGAAUAUUAGUUUCCCACAAGAAUAUGUGAAGGAUAGUUUUACACCAGAUGUAUCGUUGCAAAAUGGUGCCCUUGAUGACAGCUCAGAAAGCCUAAAACAUGAAGGCAUUGCUGACUCUCCCAGCUUUAGCUUAGGUGAUGGCACACCUCAGAUUAGCUCCGAAGAGAGUUACAAACAUGAAGGUCUUGCAGAGACUCCUGAAACAAGCCCUGAAAGUCUGUCCCUUUCACCAAAGAAAACGGAAGAUGAAACACAAGAAAAACAUGAUGCUGGAGAUUUUGUCAAAACAGAAAGUAAGGACCAAAACGUUCAGAAAGACGCGCCUUCGGGACAGACCACAGAUAUUAUUGUUGCCCCAGAAAAGGAAGGUGAUCUUGUUACAAAAUCACCUGCCAUGACUGGGGAGCUUGUAGAUAACAGUUCAUUGCAAGAGAAAAUGCAAACAUCUGAAAAUAUUGUCUCAACUGGAGUAGUUUCUGACAAAAAAGACACAAAAGAUUUUAUUGAUGGAACUGAUGCUGAACUGACAACAGACUCUGGCUGCGUAGAAUAUGAUGACUUUCAAUCAACGGAGGUGACCCAAGCCACGUCGCUUUUAGAUGAAGUGGAUGAGCAGACCACUAGUGAAUCAUUCUCUGCUCUUAAAGCUGCGGAUGAUACUAGUGAAAAAGAUGGUUUUCUACAGGAAGAAAUAGCAUAUUUUCCCAUUCUGGGUAUACAUGGUGUUUCAUUGGGAAGUCAGCUUGAAGACAAAGAUGCAAACCUUUCUCUUUCCACAUCAGAAGGAAAAACAGAUAUCGCUUUGAGAGAAAAGGAUCAAAAAGUAGAUUCACCUGCUAGCCCCUCAAUUUCACCAGGGCACAUGGUGAGAAGUCAAGGAUUAGAAUUAUGCCUUACUGGCGUAUCAUUAGAUAGUCUUAGCCCAAUGACAGAUGAACCCAUUGUCAGUCACAAAGAUUCUCUAGAAGCAAGUCCCACACAGGAUGAUAUUGACACAACUUCUCACAAAUCUCCAGAUUCACUUGAACCAAGCCCGAUAAAAGAAUCACCAUGUCCAGAUUCACUUGAAAAUAGCCCUGUGGAACAGAAGUUAAGUGCAGCCCUUUCUAGUGCACAGCAAAAUGAGAAGGCAGUUUCCGCCAUAGUGACUGAGAAAAAAAUGGAGACAGUAGAUAUUUCUUUGGAUACUACAUCUGUAAGGAGUAGACUUUUCAGAGAUAUGCGGGGAGAAGGCCCUAUUAACAGAGAGACAAGGAAACUUUUGUCACCUGAAGGAAGUGCAGAAGAAGAUAGUUUGGAUCAAGUAUCACAAAUGGAAAGUUCAGGAAAGAGCCCUCUUUCACCAGAAACUCCAAGCUCUGAGGAGAUCAGCUAUGAAAUCACACCUAAAACACCUGAUACACAUAUUCUGUCAGUAGCUGAGAAGCCUAUUGCAAUCCCUGAAAUCCAAGAGGAAAUUGAUGAUUAUUCACCAGAGAGUGAGUCAAAGAAAAGCUUUACACCAGAAGAAGAAAUGUUUAAAAUGGCAGCCAAAAUUAAAACAUUUGAUGAACUAGAAGAGGAUGCUAGGCUAAAGCGUGAAGGUAAAAAGGAGCAAAAAGAAUCUGAAUUAUCUCCAACUACUCCUAUAACUAAUGUAGAUGAAGCAGAGGUAAUACUUGUGUCUCAUGUUGAACAUAGAAAGAGCUCCUCAUCUUCAGAAAGUGAGCCAGAACUAACUCAGCUAAGCAAAGAGGCUGAUUAUGGACUGAGUUUGGAACCAGUUAUUCGCGUUGAACCUCCAUCUCCACUUCCCCCUGGAGUUGAUGGUUCUAGCCCUGAAGAUGCAGAGUUUCGCCCCACUGUAGGCAAAAAAUAUACUUUUAAGAUAAUUAAUGAUGAAAAGGAAACAAGUGCCCAAGUAGCAGAAGAUGAUAAUGACGUAGACAUAAAAAUAGAAAACAGAAGUUUGGACACAGAUUGCAAUGUUCUAGUUGAUUCACGAUCUUGUGAAGCAGUUCCUAAAGUUGUCGUAACUGGUGGAGGUAAUGAAAUUGAUCAUUUUUCUGAAGUCUGUUCUUUUACAGCUACUGAUGAGUCUAUUGAAGAAAUUAGCUCUUCAGAAGCAUCACGUUUCAUACCUGAAAUGCAAGAGGAUGAUUUCUUAACUGAGGAAGAUGUCCAACGUCUUGAGCGAGCUGCGGAAAAGAGAGAUAAGUUAUGGGUGGACGGUCUACCUGAAGAUUCUCAAGUAAAAACAACUGGCAGAAAGCAACUAAGCCAAGAGGCAGCUGUGGAAGCAGCCGCAUCAAUUGACUGUGCAGAAUAUAAAGGAAUCUUUUCAGAUGAAACCACAUUCCAGGACAUAAUCUCGAGGCAAGAAGCUGAAGAACAGCUAAGCAAAAUAAUAAUAACAAAAACAGAUGUUGAUCUUGAUGAAUGGAAUACUAUUAGAGAAGAUGAUGAAGCAUUUGCUGCCCGUCUUAAAGAGGAAGAACAGAAAAUAUUUGGCCUAAUGGUUGACAAACAGUCUCGGGGUGCUACUCCAGAUACAACACCGGUAAGAACGCCCACUGAGGAUGGUACGCCAAUCAAUGAAAAAAACCCUUUCUUGUUUCAAGAAGGAAAACUGUUUGAGAUGACCAGAAGUGGAGCUAUUGAUAUGAGCAAAAGGACUUAUGGAGAUGAAAGUUUCCAUUUUUUCCAAAUUGGAGAAAAUCAAGCUGAUGAAGCUUUAAAAGAAGAAUCAAAAGUAGAGAAAAUUGAAGAGGAGAUGAAGUCUCCUGAAAUUGAAUGUAUACCUGAAAGAUUUGCUCAUACUCAGCCUCAUACUGAGUCUCAAUACAGUUUGUUACCAGAUUCAGUGCCCAGUAUCGAAUCUGGCAUUCAAUCCCCUACUGAGUCACAUUGUACAGAUGAACAAAUAGCUACAAAAAAUGAGCAAAAAUCACGAAUUCCAAUCAAAAUGGGCAUUUCUGCAGCAACCAAGCCUUCAAAAAGGGACUGUUCAAUUCCUGAAGUGGCUGAAGUAAAACCUUUCAACUUUGAUCAUGAAGUGGAUGCUGUUACCUCGCCUGAGUCAGCAAUGACUCAUGUCCAGUUAGAUUUUUCCACAGUGACUCGAACGGUUUGUUCACAGCAGGCUGGAAAAAGUGAUGAUGAUUCAUCAGACUCAUCACCUGAAGAGCAACGUUCAGUUAUUGAGAUUCCUACUGCAAUCGUUCAACAAACUUCUCAGACAGAGGCAAAAUCAAAGCUUCCUGUCAGGCAUACUGCUGUUGUAACUGCAAUACCUCGAGCACCAGCUACGCCUGAGGACAAGGCUCCUUCACCAGCUCGUUCAUCUCUAUCAAGUGUUCAAGAAGGAUCUGCAGAUGAUACAGUAAGGUCAAAAUCUAGAAUUCCUGUUAAGGCUGUUGCGCACAGAUUAGACCACAGCUCUUCACCCACAAUGCCAGAAGCAAAAAAGAUUUCAGAGUCCAUCAAAAUCCAUGAGGUGAAAUCUAGAUUGCCAGUAAGACAGGAACCACGAAGCAAGUCAGAGUCUGAUGCUAUCAAUUCAGCAGAGAGGAAAUUUAAAUUCUUCAAUAAGGGCAAGAGUUGCGAUGCUGAACCUGAUGCGAAAGAGCUAAUUGACCAGUCUAGUGCUGGAUCAGAAACAGCCGAAAGUACUAAACCAAAAGUAUUCCAAUCAAGACUUCCAGUAAAAACGAAAGCUAGCCACAGUCCACAACUUGCAACAAGUUCUUCAAAAGGCAACAAGGAUAAGUUCUUUGAACUUUAUAAGCAUUCCAUUGAAUUUUUUGAAGAGAUAAGUGAUGAGGCUUCAAAGUUGGUAGAUCGUUUGACAGAGGAAGAACGAGAUCAUGAGGCGUUAUCAGAUGAUGAUAGCAGUGCUGUAGAUAGUUCUGUUGUUGAAACUGAGCAGCCCAGUGAAAUACAACAGCCCCUUCCUGAAGACCUGUUUGAUGUGAGGCCUAUCUGGGAUGAAUCUGUUGAAACCCAGAUUGAAAGAAUUCCUGAAGAAAAUGGCCACGAUCACUUUGAAGCUGUAGAUGCUCAGGAGGACUCUGAAAGAGCUGAGCAAAGGCUGUACAUUAUUGCUGACCACCUUGGAUUCAGCUGGACAGAGCUUGCCAGGGAUCUGGAUUUCAGUGAGGAACAGAUUCACCAAAUCAGAAUUGAAAACCCAAAUUCAUUGGUAGACCAGAGCCACGCACUGUUGAAAUAUUGGAUAGAAAGAGAUGGCAAGAACGCUUCGGAUGAAAAGCUAAUGGAGACAUUGACCAAAAUUAAUCGAAUGGAUAUUAUCAGUUUAUUGGAAACUACACAGAUAUCACCCAGUAGAGAGCAUGCUUCCCGCACUUACGCAGAGAUUGAACAAACAAUAGCACUGGAUCACAGUGAAGGUUUCUCUGCACUUUCAGAUGACCUGUGCAGCCCAAAGACCAUGCGAUUUGGACAGCCAGCUUCUAGAGAGCUAUAUAGUGAUCUAGCUCAAGCAGUUCAUGAGCGCCAUGGCGAAUGCUUUCAAACACAACCACCCCUCGUCUCAGAGGAAGAUAGUUCCAUCAGUUGCUGUAAACCUCAGGAAGAAAGCCCCCAGGCCACAGCAAAGCCACAAGAUCAGUCAAAGGAGUCAGCGGAUGAACAAGACUUGAUACUAGUUCAAAAGGGAAAAGAAGCUGAAGCAAAGGAGAAGUCACUUUCUGACACUCAGGAAGGAUCCAUACUGAGGAAACAAGAGUCUGCAGAAUCUGAUGGGAAAUUCGCUGAUUUGCAAAGAGGAAGAGAUGAGGAACUGGAGGAGCAAGAGGCAAUCGAACAGCCCACAGAGAUGGUAACGCUGAGGAUAGAGGAAGAAAGCCCCAUUGUUCAGGAACCUGAUGAAGCUCAAGUUUGGGAGGGUUUGCAAGCUUCCCAAGCAACUGGCCCCACUAUUGUGGAAACAACAGAGGACCUACCAGAAAACACUAAAAAGGCCUUUGAGGAGAAAACCCUUGAAAAGGAAAUAGCAGAAGAAUUGGGGGCUCUGGAAAGCAGUUCUGAUGAGGAGACAGUAACCACCAGGGUCAUCCGCCGGCGGGUGAUCAUUCAGGCUGAUGACAUGCUUGAUGUUCUGCCAGAGUCCGUUACAGAAGAGCAAUACACAGAUGAACAUGGAAAUACCAUUGUGAAAAAGGUUACCAGAAAGAUUAUCAGGCGCUUAGUUUCACCCGAUGGGACUGAAAAGGAGGAAGUCAUCAUGCAAGGUGCAGAGCAAGAACCAGUUACAGUUGAAGAUGGAGAUGGAUAUUCAAAAGUUUUAAAGCGGACUGUACUGAAAACUGAUAGUGAACAGUCAGAGCUCACACUUUCUGAACCACAAGUGACUUCAGGCUCUGAAUUCCAGUCUGAGCAGGUUGAGGGUCGCAAAGUCAGUAAGGUCAUCAAGAAAACGGUGGUCCUUGGAGACAGGAUGGAGAAACACCUUGGAGACCCCAAGUUGGCAUCUGACCUUCCAACAGCCAAAGAUGAUUUUAAUAUGGCUCUAAGUUUUGCAGGGAACCAUGGAAAGGUUCAUAUACCAAAUGUAGCUCAAAGAGAGAUUGUAAAAGAGGAUGGAUCAGUUAUUAAAAGGGCGACCAUGAGUAAAGCUAGCACACAGAAGAGGACUGUGGUGAAGGAUCAGGAGGGGAAGCAUGUACACGAGGAAAGGCUGGAGGAUGUGCCUGAAGCGCUACAAAAAGAUGACCUGAAACUCGACCUGCAACAACUUCUUGGUCGCUUUUGUAAUGAGGACUGGAAACAGGACGAAAAAUAAACAGCUCAAAUCUCACAUAUCUGUUCUGUCACUACUGCACAGUUUACUCACGUGGAGAAAUUCUAUAUUCUUUUCCCAUCUGAAGAUGCUGGCGCUCCUGUGCAGAAAGGUAGAUUUGAAUUAGACUUUUCUCUUUACCAUAAGUAAAUUUGUGACCAAAGAUGGCAUCCAUAUCUUGGGUGACUUAUACUGUUUGAACCUUAGAGCUUCCUCAUGUGGCUGUGUUAGGAACAUGCAAACAUUGCUGCCUCCAAACUGCAACAACUGUUCUGAAAUUCAGAAAAUACUUUAUCCACAGGCCUCUUCUCAUUUUCUGUCGCUGAAGGACUUUACAACACAAAUGUGUAAAUAGCAAAAGUGUUUUGGCUUGUGAAAUUAAGGUACGGCCUACCUUGACUACUCCAAUCACAAGAUCCUUUCUUCAUUGCCGAAUUGAGUGACUAAAUGUCACCAUAGUGACAGAUUGAGUGUGUGCAGGCCGAGUAGGGAGCACUUAAGAAUCUUACAGUCCCUCAGACUUUCUCAAAGCUUAAUAAAUAUGCUAGCACCUGUACUUAAUGUAUCAGACAUAUCUCCGUUAAUUGCAUUAGUAUGAAUUUAAACGGUGGAUGUGUGGCAGGCUACAUUUUUGGUCGUGUAUUUCAUGCUGCCAUACUUGUUUCGAGAAAUUUGCAACGUUCUUCACUGCUUCCACCAAACACAUAGUCUUGUAUCUGUGAUCUGGUACUUUCUACUGGCACCUGCACUGUAGAUAACUGGAAUUGGGUUGAACUUUACAACAGAAAAAAAAAGACAGAAUCUUUUGGUUAUUUCAGCAUUAUGUAACAAGACUGGCUUCUUUUUGUAAAUGCAUGUAGUAUUUAUAGCUGUUGUAAUCAUCUAUACAGUUGUUUAACCAUCUUUGCACUGGGAAAAUGUUUUUGCUCGCUGCCUCAACAGCAACAAAAAAUAGAAACAAUAAAGAGAAUCAAUUAUGGCAAAUAUAUAGUAUUUUUACUUGUUCAGUUCUGCCCUGCAGUGUGUUCAUAAGAUUUUAUUGUAGAUUUUUUUUAAGUUAUUAUGGUACAGAAAACUUGUUAAUAUGAGGAUAAUAUUUGCUCAGUGCUCAGAAAGUUAAAUAAAGGAAAUUUAAUUGACUCACUCAAUCAGUGCAGGCAAAAUGUCAAUUUUGUUUCGUCAGUGUCAAGGCCUGCACAGACUGAAUACAAGAACCAUCAGAGAGAGUGUAUAACUGUUUUAGCCAUGCCAUGUGGUGUUACAUGCAGCACAGAUGAUGUCUCUGUAAUUACAUUUUGAUUUAUACUUUUUUUUGCUGUGUAAUCAAAGAACUUCAGAACUGUGAGAAGGAGUGAAUUUUAAUUUGAUGAAUCAGCAUCUUGUUUCCCAUGGUGAUAAAAAUAUUGUAUAUGAUAUCUAUGAGGGCAUGUAUUAGAAUAAAAAUAAAUGGAAGCAAACUUAAAACACUAACCAAUACAUAGCAACUGCAAUGUGUAAAAUGGCUGAUUUAAUUAAAAUAAAAUGUA